AUGUCUGCCUACAAAGCGCUGUCGAAGUCCAAUGGCGAUAAACAAGAGGCGCCUGCGAAUGGGAUCAAGAAGAACAAGCAAAGGGUUUUGAUAUUAUCUUCGAGAGGAAUUACCUACAGACAUCGUCAUCUCUUGAAUGAUCUUGCCUCCUUAUUACCCCACAGCCGCAAAGAUGCAAAGCUCGACACGAAAUCCAAACUCUACCAACUCAACGAACUAGCAGAACUGUACAACUGCAACAACGUCUUCUUCUUCGAAGCCCGCAAAGGCAAGGAUCUCUACCUCUGGAUGAGCAAAGCACCCAAUGGGCCCACCGUAAAGAUGCACAUGCAGAACCUGCACACAAUGGAAGAACUCCACUUCACAGGCAACUGCCUCAAAGGCUCCCGCCCGCUCCUCUCCUUCGACGCCUCCUUCGACAAAGAACCGCAUCUCCGCGUGCUAAAAGAGCUCUUCAUGCACAUCUUCGGCGUCCCAAAGGGCGCUCGGAAGGCCAAGCCAUUCGUCGACCACGUCAUGGGCUUCACGCUUGCCGAUGGCAAGAUCUGGAUCCGGAACUACCAGAUCAGCGAGACGGAGCCGUCGAGAAUCUCUACUUCCACCGACAGUACGGACGCCAAGCCGAAAGUUAAAAAGAAUGCUGAUGGGAAGGAGACGGAGAUUAGUCUGGUGGAGAUCGGACCGAGAUUUGUGCUCACGCCGAUUGUUAUUCAGGAGGGGAGUUUUGGGGGCCCGAUUAUUUAUGAGAAUAAGGAGUUCGUGUCGCCUAACCAAGUGAGGAGUGAGAUCCGUCUCAAGAAAGCGGGGAGGUAUAACCAGAGGGCUGAACAGGGAGUGGAAAGGCUCGCGAAGAAGGGAGAGUUGGGUCUCAGGACUGACGGGGGACGCAAAGCGAAGGUCGAUGAGCUGGAUACAGGAACGUUAUUUGCUUGA